GUUGGAAUUGUUGGGAUGCCAGGAAUAGGUAAAACUACUCUGGCCAAGGAAUUGUUAAAAGAUUGGGGAUCCGAGUUCUUGCAUGUGAUGGUUCUAGAAGAUGUCCGCGAGAAGUCAAAGUCUCUUGGAGUCCGCAGGUUGCAGGAGGACCUUUUAUAUGGUUUAAUGAGGAGCAAAUACGAUGGAAUGGAACAAAGAGAUACUGAGUUUCCACAUGAAUCUUUAAAAGCUGAGCUAAGCAAAAGCAAAGUGUUAAUUGUUCUUGAUGAUGUGAGUGAAAAGAUUCAGAUAGAUGUGAUUCUUGGUGGACGCAAAUGGUUAAGAGAAGGAAGCAGAGUUGUCAUCACAACGAGCAGCAUGUCCGUGGUCAAAGAAAUGGUAGACGAAGUUUAUCUAGUCCCGGGGCUGAGUGAUGAGGAUGGGUUUAAAUACUUUGAAAAACACGCCUUCUCUGGUCCUUGUGAGCCAAGUUUCAAGAAGCUUGCAAAAGAGUUUGUGGAUUACUCUAGGGGACAUCCAUUAGCUCUCAAAGAACUUGGUGAUGAGCUUCUAAGGAAGGACAAGGCGUACUGGGAAUCAAAGCUUGGUGCGCUUGCGAAAAGCCCGAUCAACAACAGAAUUCAAAAUGUAUUGAGAAUUCCUUAUGACGAUCUUAGCAAAGACCAUAAGGAAUUGUUCCUCGAUGUGGCAUGUUUCUUCAGGCAUGAAGAUGAGUAUCAUGUGAGGAGUUUACUGGAUUCAUCAGUUCAAGAGGAUGUGAGUAUAAUAAGACAUCUUGCGGAUAAUUUCCUGAUACACAUUUGUGGUGGUCGAAUAGAGGUAAAUGAUCUGAUGUACACAUUAGCAAUGGGACUAGGAUCACAUUCAUCCUCUGAAAAUACAACUAGUGGGCGUAGGUUGUUCAACCAUGGCGAUAUCAUUGCUAUUCUCCGAAACAAAGAGGAAGGGACCAAGAUCAGAGGAAUUUUCCUUGACAUGUCUGAGGUACCAAAGAAAAUGAGUUUAGACAGUGAUGCAUUAAAAGAAAUGAGUGAUCUCAGAUACUUGAAAUUCUUCGACUCAAGCUGUCCUAGAGACAGUGAAGCUAAAUGCAACUUGAACUUCCCCAAUGGACUUGAGUUCACAUUGCAAGAGAUUCGAUAUCUCCACUGGCUGAAGUUUCCACUGAGGAAGUUUCCACAAGAUUUUAACCCCAAGAAUCUUAUAGACCUCAAGCUGCCUUACAGCCAGAUUGAGCAAGUUUGGGAUGGCAAGAAGGACAUAUCAAACUUGAAGUGGCUGGAUCUGAAUCACUCAAGUGAGCUGCACACGUUGGUUGGUUUAUCGCAGGCUCAAAAACUUCAAAGUAUAAACCUUGAAGGUUGCACAAAAUUGAAGACAGUUCAUGAAGAGCUACGAAAGAUGAAAAGUCUCAUAUUCUUGAACCUCAGAGGAUGCAUGAGCCUCAAGUAUCUUCCACAAAUGAAGUUGAUCUCUCUGAAAACACUCAUCCUUAGCGGCUGCACAAAUCUUGAAGAGUUCAAUUUGACUCCACAGAAUCUGGAAGAGUUGUACUUAGAUGGCACCGCGAUAAAAAGGCUUCCUUCAACGAUUGGGAAUCUCCAAAGACUAGUCUUGUUAACAUUGAAAGACUGCAAAAGAUUGACAACUCUCCCGGAUUCUAUAGAAAACCUAAAAGCUCUUCAAAAACUAGUUCUUUCAGGCUGCAAGAGCUUUGCCAUCUUUCCAGAGGUUAAAGAAGACAUGAAGAAUUUGAAGACUUUACUACUCGACGGGACAGCCAUAAAAGAGAUGCCUAGCUUGUUGCUACGCUUCAGUGUCAAUCAAGGCGAAAAUUCAUCUUGGUCAGACAGAAAUUUUCGUGAUUGGCCGCAUGCAAUCUACACAUUAUCAUCAGUUCAACGUUUAUGUUUGAGCAGGAACAGUAUCAGAAGAUUGCCGAACAACAUCAGUGAUCUCUACAAUCUCAAAUGGCUUGACCUGAAGUUCUGCGAGCAGCUCAUGUCUCUUCCAAUGCUUCCACCAAAUCUUCAGUGGUUAGACGCACACGGCUGUAUCUCACUUAAAAAUAUUGAGAGCCCAUUGGCUCUUAUCUUGGCAGAAACAGAACAUUCACACUCCACGUUUACUUUCACUAAUUGUACCAAUCUUGAUCAUGUUACCAAGAAUGGCAUCAUAUCUUAUGUUCGGAGGAAGAUUCAGUUCAUGUCAGAUGCACUAGCUCACCAAGAAAAGGGUUCGAAACUCGAUGUGUUGAUAGGAGUCUGCUAUCCUGGUUGGCAAGUACCUGUAUGGUUCAACCAUCGAACGGUUGGGUCAGAGUUGAAGCAAAAGCUACCUCGACAUUGGGACGCAGAUGGGCUUACCGGUAUAGCUCAUUGUGCUGUAGUCUCGUUUAAGGACUACAGAGCUCAGAACAACCGCCUCUUAGUUAGAUGUACCAGUGAGUUCAAAGAAGAAGAAGAAGAAAAGACUUUAAACCAGUUUAGUUGCAUUCUUGGUGGGUGGACUGAACAUGGCAGUGAUAGACCCCGAGACAUCAUCAAAUCUUUUGGUCAUGUCUUUAUCGGAUACACCAGUUUGUUAGACAUCAAGAAACGAGACAGUGGAGCGGGAAGUGUUGCCACUGAGGCUUCUUUCAGAUUCGAAGUAACUGACGGGACAAAACAGAUCACAAACUGCGAGGUUCUCAAGUGUGGCUUUACUCUGAUUUAUGCACCCACUAAACCUGUUCAUAGCGAGAUAAUAACGUCUGGUUCAAUGACCAACUGUGGAGGAAACACCAUGCGUAAAGAAAGUCAUUGCCAAAUCCAAAGUGGAGCAACAUCUGUUACCUUGGUGGCUCUAGAGACGGGCAGCGAGACCAUUGAGGAAGUACAGCGUUAUGGUCCUCUGGAAGUUAGCUUUGAUGCUACUCCAACGAUAUGUGACGACAAUAUCAGUGGUAGAUCCAUGAUGUCACCAGGGAGCUCAGAAGUAGGUGAAGUUGUUGAUGGAGAAUCUCCAAAAACAGAGGAGACCUAUGAAGGAGGUGAAACAAGCACUUGUGUAUCUCAAGAAGAUACAGAUGAUCAGAGUCUAGCUAAUGGAGUAAAAAACUUAUGUGAGAUGUUGGAGCAACCUAUACGGCUUAUGUUUAUUGUGAUCUCCAUUUAUGCGGGUGCUGCUCUUGUGCUGCGAAAGGAGAAGAGAAAGAGAUGA